GGGGCUGUGGCAGAAGGAGGGCUCAGAGCAGGCUCUGCCACUCAGAUCACCAUGUACAGCUUCAUGGGUGGCGGCCUCUUCUGUGCCUGGGUGGGGACCAUCCUCCUGGUGGUGGCCACAGCCACGGAUCACUGGAUGCAGUACCGGCUGUCGGGGUCCUUUGCCCACCAGGGCCUAUGGCGGUACUGCCUGGGUCCCAAGUGCUACCUGCAGACGGAAAGCAUCGCGUACUGGAAUGCCACCCGAGCCUUCAUGAUCCUGUCUGCUCUGUGUGCCACCUCGGGCAUCAUCAUGGCCAUCCUGGCCUUCGCCCAGCAGUCCACCUUCACUCGCCUCUCCCGGCCCUUCUCCGCAGGCAUUAUGUUCUUUGCCUCCACCCUCUUUGUCCUGUUGGCCCUGGCCAUUUAUACUGGAGUCACCGUCAGCUUCCUGGGCCGCCGCUUCGGGGACUGGCGCUUUUCCUGGUCUUACAUCCUGGGCUGGGUGGCCAUGCUUAUGACCUUCUUUGCAGGGAUUUUCUACAUGUGUGCCUAUCGGAUGCAUGAAUGCCGGCGCCUGUCCACCCCGCGCUGAGCCCCAGGGAAGCUGGAAGUUAAAGGAGGUCAUUGAGAAGGAGGGGGAGGAUCUAGAGGCCUGAAGUCCUGAUCCCUGGGGGAAUGAGGGUACUCUGUCCUGGACUCUGGGUGGGGCCCCUGACUCCCGUGUCCUGAGUGGGAAGGAGGAAAAUAGGGCCGAAUGGGAGGGAGUUGAGAAACCCCAAGCCACCACCUGCCCCUCGGUUGUUAGAGAAGUGGAAAAUCCUUUAGAAAGUCUAAUAAACUGAUGUGAAACC